AUGACGGCGACGGAGGCGGCGAUGGCGGCGGCGGGAGGGGAGGGGGGGGAGACGCCGUUGCCACGGAAACGGCCGCGGCGUCCUCGCGCCUUCUCCUCAGCGCCGGACGGGACCGGUUGGGACCGGUUGGGGCCGGGAAGGAGGCCGGGGACCGUGGCCACUCCGGUCGGCGAGCCGGUGGGGAGGACGGGCCAGCCGUCCAGAGCCCCGGCCUGCAUGGACGGCCUGCGGCAGGACCUGACGGACCUUCAGGGGGCCGUGCUGGACGUCUUCUCCAGGGCCGGGGUCGUGCGCCGCCCGUCCUGGAAGUUCCCCGACCGGCUGUCCUGCGACCUGGACCUGGUGGCCCUGCUGGACCGCUACGACCACGUGGACGGCGACCCCGAGUUCUCCCAGCUGGCCCACGUCGUCCUCCUGGAGCUGGUGAUCGACAGGCUGCUGCUACUCCUCCAGAGCUUCUCGAACUACACGGACGGUCUCACCGGCCGCCGCCGGACCGGACCCCCGGGUCGCCCCGAAGGGCCCCGCACGUCCCUCGGCCUCGCCGCCCUCCGGGCCUGGAACGGCCUGCUGAGCCUGGGAGCCCUCGGCCAGCGGACGGUCACCCAGUCGGGAAGUCAGGAAGACCUCCCCUCCCUGGAGCCUCCGCCAGGGAGCCCGGCGGCCGGGACCCGCCCCCCGAAGAGCCCCCCGCCCGGAGCCCCCGAGCCGGGCUCGGCCCCGGGCCGGACCCCCCCGCCGCCGACCCGUGCGGCCCACUCCCAGACCGUGGAGACGUCCCUGGUGCCCUGCUCCGCCUGCGCCCGGGUCCAGAGCAGCCUCCUGGACGCCGGCCACGCCAUCGCCGGCCUCUGCCUCAGCCAGAACCUCCCGUCCUCCCUGGACGCCUUCCAGCGGGCGCUGGACCGGGCCGGCGGCCCCCGGCCCCUGGCGGCCGCCGACCUGGGCUACUGGGCCUCGGAGCAGGGCAAGGAUCUGGCCCGCCUGGAGAAGCACCUGCGGGCCCUGGGGGAGCUGGUGGGCCCGCUCAGGGCGCGGCUCGCCGAGGCCGAGGGCGGGAAGGAGGCGCUGGAGGCCCGGGCGCGCGAGCUAGAGGCUGCGCUGCGACGCGGCCAGGAGGAGCGGGAAAGGCUCAGGGCGGAGGCCGAGCGGGAGCUGGAGGACAAGGUCGGCGAGAGCCAGCGGGCCGUGGCCACCCUGCAGAGGGACAAGGAGCGCCUGCAGGCCGAAGCAGCCAUGCUGGAGCGGAGGUUGUCGGCCCUGACGGAGGAGAUGGAGGAGCACCAAGCCCUCAAGCAGGACCUGGAGGCGACACGGCGGCGGCUGCAGCGGGAGGCGGACGCCGGCGGGGAGGCCCGGGCCCGGGUCAGCCGGCUGGAGGACCAGGUGCAGCUGCUGAGCGGGAAGCUGGACGGCGCCCGCCAGAGGCUCGACCGGGCCGGCACCGAGCUGGACAAGGAGAAGGCCAGAGUGGAGAGCGUGGCCCGCCACCGGGAGGCUCUGCAGGCCAAGCACAGGAACCUGACGCAGCAGCUGAGCGGCGUGGCCCAGGAGCGGGAGGAGCUGCGGGCCAGCCUGGGGGCGGCCGAGGAUGCCCGCCGGCGGCUGGAGGGGCAGCUGCCCGCCCUGGAGGCCGAGAGGGGACAGCUGCAGCGCCGGCUGGCCGCUCAGCAGGAGCUGCUGCGGAGCCUGCGGCGGGAGAACCAGAGGCUGGAAGGGUCGGCUCAGGAUUCCCGGCUGACCGUCUCCGAGCUGGAGGGGCUGGUCCGGCAGCUGAGGGAGCGGGAGCGGCUGCUGGUGGCCUUCCCUGCCCUCCACGUCCCGCCGGAGGCGCGGUGGGAGAGUUCCGGGGACGUGGCCGAAGACAUGGAACGCCAGCUGCGGGCCAACAAUGUCCGCCUGCACGUCCUGGAGGAGGAGAACCGCCGGCUCCGGGCCUCGCUGGCCAAGGUGAAGGAGGGGGCCCAACAAGGGACGCUCCGGAUGAUCCCACCAACCCGACUCUGGUCUCAGCCCCCCGGGACAGCCCCGGCCCCGGAACGUGCGGCCGGUUCUCCGAGCGCCUCCUCGGGCCACGCGGCCGCAUCCGGUGGCCACGCCGGCCAAGAGCGCUCGGGACCCCCCGGCCCUCCGCGUGGCGAAGGAAGAUGGGGGCGCCCCGCCGAUGAGGACGGGACCCCGCCCCUCCCCCCAAGCGGCCCGCUCAUCCCCCCGCGCCCCGCGGGCCUCGUGACCCUGCCGGCCGCCAGCCCCGUGAGCGCGCUGGCCAGACUGAGGGGCGCGGGGCCGAGGAGGGGCCGGGCCCGGUCCGCCCCCGGGCAACGGCGCAAGUAGA